AUAAUUUAAUGUAUUCAUCCAUUCGAGAAUCACCAUAGAGACAUGACACAAGAUCUUUUGUCUAAGAAAUUGAGUUCUUAAAAGCUAAGUGCUUAGAAUUAGAAACAGAGAAUAGGUUAUUGUUUGAAGAAUAAUAAUAAUUAUAAAGAAGAGCCCAUGAUAUAGUAACGAAUGAUGCUAAUGUGGAAUCCUACAUUAAAGAAAAUAACAUGUUGUAGACUGAAAAUGAGAAACUUAUCAAAUUAUCAAGACAAAGAAAAACUGAUGCUGACUUAUGGAAAUCUAAAUAUGAAAAUUAAUUACAAUAAAUUUUGUAGAUGAAAUCUAAUUAUGAAUUUGAAAUCAAAUAACUUAAUGCUGAAUUAUAAAAAAUAGGAGCUGUUUUAUCUCAAGCAGAAGCUGAAAGACAACGUCAAUUAGUUGGAAUUUCUGGCUAAAUUGAGAGUUAAUCAAAUCAAGACUUUGAAAAUCUUAAGAAAGCUACCAAUUUAUAAAUAGAAAUUAGUGAAAGUUAGAUCAGAAAAUUAAGAGAUCAUAUUGAUGAAUAAAAUAACGAAAUUAGUGAUCUUUAAUAAAAGAUACUUAGAUAAAAAACAGAAGAUGAUAUAUAAAUAGAAAGAUUAUUAAAGGAAAAUGAAUUACUUAGAGUAAAAAUUCAUUAGUAGGAAUCAGAAAAACAAAGGGAAUUAGAACAUUUAAAUGAUAACCUAAAUAAUUUCUCUUAAUAAUAAAUCUAAUUGUUGAAACAUGAAUUUGCCAGACAAUCUGAUGUCUAACAAUCAGAAAUAGAUAAACUUAAAGGACUUCUUGAGAUUAAAAAUGCUGAAAUAGAAACAUUACUUGGAUAAAAUGCUAAAAAUAAGUAAAUGUUUGAAGAUUAAAUUAAUGAUUUAAGAACUGAAAUCUAAAUUUUAAAGCAGAAAUUAAUUGAUUAAGAAAGACAAGCAAGAAUGAUUCUUGAGACAUCUCUUAAAGAUUAAUAAAAUUAACACUAGAGAGAUUAAGAUACUUUGAAAUCCUAUUAUUAAACUUAAAUUGUUAAUCUAGAGAAAGAAAUUAAUGAUUUAAAGGGAAUCAUUGAACAUAAAAAUUAAUAAAUUUAAAUUUAAAUCGAAGAAAAAAAUAUCUAAAGAUAACAAUUAGAAUAACUAAUUAUUGAUUUAAGAAGAGAAAUCGAAAAUUAAAAAAUGAUUACUUUUGAAUAAGAAAAAUAAAAGAAUAAUGAGAUCAAUGAAUUGGAUGAUCAAUUUUAAAAAUCAACAUCUCUUUUAAAUGAGAAUAUUGAUUAGUAGAAAUUAUAAAUUUUGUUUUUGGAAGGUGAAAUUGAAAAACUUAAAGAAAUGUUAUCAUAAAAAACAAAAGAUUAAGAAUCAUUAAUAGCUUAAUUUAAUUUACAUAAAAGAUAAUUAGAAGAUGACAUCAGAAGAUUAAAAGAUGAAAUUCAUUCUCUGAAACAAGAAAUUUUGUAAAUUACAAGUGCUAAGAAUUAAGAAAUUCAAGAUCUUUAAUCAAAGAAUGAUAGAGUAACAAUUUAAUAUAGAGAAAAACUCAGAUAAAGUGACAUAUCUUAGGAAUAAUAAUUGUUAGAAAUUAAAAGAUUGAGAGAAGCUCUAUCAGUUAAGGAAUAAGAUAAUGAAAAUUUAGCUAAUUAAAGAAAUUUAUUAGAUAAAGAUUUAAGAAGAGCUAGAGAUGAAAUUGAAUAAUUUAAAUAGAGAUAGUUAGCUUUAGAAAAAGAAAAGGUAUUUAAUAAUAAUUAAUUUUAGUUUACAUAAUUGGAAGAUUUGAAAAAUAAAUUAGAAGCCUCAAAUUCUUAUUAGAUUAGUAAUUUGAAAAAUGCUUAUAAUACACAAAUCAGUGUGUUGCGUGAAGAAAAUGAAUAGCUGAAAUAAUAAAUGGGUUAGAGAAAACUUUAUGAUUCCACUGUGAGAAUGUGAC